AUGAACUGGGACAGUACAGGCUGUGAAUCCGGUAUCGUAUUACACGAUAGAAGUAGUGAGAUCAGUGAAGCAUCACAGGAUAAUAUUUUGGAUGAAGUUAUAAGAGGUGCUAAUUGUGUCACAACAACAGCAACAAUGUCUUUGAUAAAUGCGGAUAAAAUUAAUGAGGGUAUUAUAAGUACAAAUGGAUGUAGCAAUACUGACUCAGGGAAAGCUGAAACGGGUGCAUUCCGUCCAGUUACCAGAAGACGUUACAUUCAGAAUGAAUCGAAUCAGGAUUCUGAGAUGAUGAUGAUUAACAAAAAUAUUGCAUUUGAUUUAGUACUUAGCAAUCAUAAUCAUCUUCAACAAUUACAACAACCAGUAGUAACUCAUGGAAUAAUUGGUGAGAAACGUCGUUACGAAAGUAUCGCAUCAAAAUUUCGUUUUGCUCGUGAAACUCCUAAAUCACCAUCCUCUCCAAUAGCUACACGACUUCGUAGUUAUAAUAAUAGUGGUAAUGGUGAUAGUACACGUGAGACACUUGUUGCGGCACGUCGACAACCGGUCAAAGUGAUUAUUCACAAUCCUAGCGUUCGUCGUUCCUCACUAGCUUCUACAACAGCCAACUAUCACAAUCAUCAGCAGUCGAACAAAGCAGAUUAUGCUAAUGAAUUAGAUGCAUUGCCUACGCAUCCAUUAAAACGUGGCCGUAUGAUUAGUAGCGGUCGACCUUCGUUGGAUUUCGAAAAAAUGCGAGAGCGCUUAGUGGUAAGCAAUGUUUGCGGCAUUGGAUCUCAAGAAUUUGUCGAUUCAGCAAUGGGUAAUAGUGAUAAAGAUAUCGAAAAACGAAAACAAGAUUGGGCGCUAACAACUUUUACCUCUGCAGGACGUCGCUGUCCACAGCACCAACAGGUGCGCUGCCAACAAGCCGAUUGCACAUUCCGACCCGUCGAUUGUGACGGCACACAAACGGGUGGUAGUGGUGGUGGUGGCAGUAGUAGUAGUAGUAGUAAUAGUAGUAAUAGUAGUAGUAAUAAUAGUAGUGGUAAUGGUGAUCAAUAA